AUGGCAGAUUUAAUUCGUACAGGAAGUGGACAUAAUGCUGCUAUAAUGAAAGACAAAUUGGGAUCUCCCAGUACAGGAAGCGACGACGGAAACGACCACGAAACCCAAGGGGCGAUCAAACCAGAACCAGAUGAACCCGACCUGGGCGAUAGUGCUCAUUAUGCCCCUCCUGAGACACAGUGGUACCAUGGGAGGCUUGACCGAUAUCAGGCUGAAGAGAGAUUGUGGCAGUGCAACAUACUGGGGGCUUAUUUAGUGAGGGAGAGCGACAGGAAACCGGGUAGUUAUGUCCUUUCAUAUUUGGGUAGAACUGGGAUAAAUCACUUCAGGAUAACUGCAGUAUGUGGAGACUUUUACAUUGGGGGAAGGCAGUUUGUAUCAUUGAAUGAUCUAGUUGGUUAUUACAAAGAAUGCAGUGAUUUACUCAAGAGAGAAAGGUUGAUUCACCCUGUAGCACCUCCUGAGCCAGUCAAUGAUAAAAAGAGAGUUGUUGCCAUAUUGCCAUACACCAAGAUGCCUGACACUGAUGAACUGACUUUCAAAAAAGGUGAUAUUUUUUUCGUGCACAACGACAUGGGAAAUGGUUGGUUAUGGGUAACAGCACAUCGAACUGGGGAACAAGGAAUGAUAUUCAGAGAACUAGUCGAAGAUUUGGAUGACAGCAUCGAUCCGAAUACGGUGUUUCCUUGGUUUCAUCCUAACUGUACGAAAAAUGAGGCUGUUGAUUUACUAGUCAAAGCUGGCCCUGGCAGUUUUCUUGUCCGCCCCAGUGACAACUCCCCUGGAGACUAUUCUCUCUUCUUCCACAUCAACAAUCAAAUUCAGCGUUUCCGAAUAGAGAAGAAAGGUGUUCGAUACCUCAUGGGAGGUAGGAUAUUCGAAUGUUUGGAUGCAGUGAUCAACCGUUACAGGAAGGAACAAAUCGUCGAAGGAUAUACUCUGCAGCACCCGUUGGUGGUGGACGGUUCCAAGCAACUCGACUGGGUUCCCGAGAACCAAAAAGCGAAGUCUGAAGCAGAGAAGAUCUACGCUACGUUGAGGGAAUGCAGGGAUCAGGCCGGAUUGAAGAAGAUGCGAGGCAUCAAACACCAAGGCUAUCUGCAUAGGAAGUCUGACAAGGCCGCGAAAAAAUGGAAGCUCUUGUAUUUCGUUCUGUUGGUCGACGGCACCGACACUCAUUUAUACCUGUACGAGAAUCCGAAAAGAACGAAACCCAAAGGACUGAUCGAUCUUUCUUGUGCUUAUCUCUAUCAGGUGCACGACAGCCUGUGGGAGCGCUCGCACUGCCUGCAGCUGGUCGAGCGCGCGCUGCCCUGCCUAGCGACGGCCACCCAUUUGGCCGCCCGCUCGGCCGACGACCGCCUCGAGUGGCUGGCCGCCCUCCGGCCGCUGUGCGCGCCGCAGCAGAGCCGCGCCACGGCGAAGGUGGCGCGCCUGCGCGAGAUGCGCAACCUCACGCUGCACAUAGUCGAUGCGCAUCGGCUGCCCUACAAGCUGGUGCCGCAGCCGUACGUCGGGAUCCAGCUCAACAAUCAGGUCAGAGUAGCGAGAACAAGGACGAAGGCGGGACCGGAUCCAGUGUGGGAUGAGGAGUUCGUUUUCGACGAUGUGCCAUGUGAUAUUGUGUCAUUUACAUUAACUGUACAUAACAGAGGAAAGAGAGGAAAAGAACAAGAAGUAGCUGAGCUGCACGUAGAGUUAUCGACGUUGGGUAACGGAGAAGAAAGAGAAGAAUGGUACACUCUGUCUGGAUUGACGCCGAUGGGCGAAUGGGGUUCGUUGAGAUUGAGAACAAGGUAUCUACACGACUUGGUGAUGCCUGGCGAGGAGUACAGUCCCCUUCAACAAUUGCUGUUGGAGCCAGGAUUGACGGCCGUGAAAACUUUGGCGGAGAUAUGUCAUUCUGACAGGGCCCCGCUAGCCACCGCUCUACUCAGAAUAUUCCGAGCGGAGGGAAGAGAAACGGAACUUCUGAGAGAACUGAACACCGCAGAGAUUAUUAGAGAGACUGAGACUUCAACGCUGUUCAGGGCAGCUUCGCUGGCCACCACAUUAAUGGAUCUCUACAUGAAAGCGGAGUGCGGCGGUUUUUUGCAGGCAGCCGUACUGGAAACCGUGCUCAGAUUGCUGGAGAGCAAGCAGAGCGCUGAACUCAACCCCGCGAAAAUGGACUCUUUGGACGACGCUUGCAACAACGCAGAAUUUUUAUUACAAAUAUUGGAUCAGGUCACCCUCAGCAUAUUCAUGUCUCCGGACGCUUGCCCGCGAUCGGUCAGAUACAUUUGCGGCAGCCUGCAGAAAGCCGUGAUCGCGAAAUGGCCCGACGAGCGCUUCGUCCGCACGAGGGUCGUGUCCGGCUUCAUUUUCCUGCGGCUGCUGUGCCCGGCCCUGCUGAAUCCGCGGCAAUUCGGGCUGGUGAGCGAGCAGCCAUCGCCUGCUGCCACGAGGAGUUUGGUGAUGGUGGCCAAGUGUCUGCAGAAUCUCGCUAAUCUGGUGGAGUUCGGUGGGAAGGAACCCUACAUGGAGGUGGUCAACCCGUUCAUUCUCAAGAACAAGGAGCGCAUGGUCGUGUUCCUCGACCAGCUGUCGAUGGCGGGUGAUCCGGGCGAGCCACGGCCGCCUGCCCAGCCCGACCCCGCCAAGGAUUUGGCCACCCUCCACCACAUCUGCGUCGCUCAUCUGCCCGAGCUGCAAGCGGUGGGCAAGGUGAACGCUAACGUCAAGACCUUGGUCACUGUCACUGACAUGUUGGGGAAGCACAAGCAAAAGUACCUCGAGAUGAUCAGAUAGUAGAGU